AGCGUUGGCGGUAUUUCCUUUAGGUUGAAGUUUGUCCCAAUGCGAUUCCGUAGUGUGACGUCGAAGGAAGCAAACGCGGGCUAUUUGGUGUCCGAAGCUAAAGCUAGCACAUAAACGUGUGUUUUUAAAAUAAAAACAAACGAUUCCACUCAAAUGGAAAGUGUUAAUGCGAAAUAUGUGUCUCAGAAAAUCAGCAAAGUGAGAUGGCGGCCGGUAUCGCUUUCGUCUCUACAACAGCCCGAAAUCUUUGCGACUGGUUCUUGGGAUAACGAGGACAACAGAGUUACUUUUUGGUCUAUUGGAAAUCAAGGACAUUCUUCUUUGGGGGAGGGAUUCGAUGAAGAUCCGCAGCUAUUGUGCGAACACAAACAUGAGGGAGAUGUUCUUGAUUUUCAAUUCCUGGACCAAGACAGAGUCAUAACGGCGUCAUCAACAGGAGGAGUUACCAUAUUCCGCUACAAUCAAAGCAAACAAGCACUAUCUGUCGCGCACCAGUGGGCAAGAGCCCAUCAUUACCCUUGUGAAAAUGCCCCCUGUACGAGUGUCAUGUGCAGCAGCCCUGAGAUUGUUACUGCUGGUGAAGACGGCAGGAUUAUUGUCUACAGAGCUGACCAGGAAGGAAUAGUUCGAGUAAUAGAUAAUGCUGAUAGCAGCACGAUUCAUGCCAUCACUUACCUGAAGACAACUGAGAUCCUGACGGUGAAUUCCAUUGGUCAAUUAAAAAUUUGGGAUUUCAGACAGCAGAGCAACACCCCAGCUCAGAUUCUUUCCCUGUCAGGUGAUCGCGUCCCCCUGCACUGUGUGGACAGGCAUCCAAACCAGCAGCACAUUGUGGCCACAGGAGGCCAGGAUGGAAUGCUCUGUGUUUGGGAUGUAAGACAAAGCAACACACCUUUCUCACUCAUGGAGGCACACUCUGCUGAAAUGUGGGAAGUCCAUUUCCACCCAACAAACCCAGAUCAUCUGUUCACAUGCUCAGAAGAUGGAUCCCUGCUGCACUGGGAAACGUCCUCACCUUCAGACAUGCCCUCUUUCCUGCAAGGUGGUAGAAACAACAGCAUGGUAUCCCGCAGUGCGAUGGCUCCCGCUGGAGGCAACCAGUCCCUCAUUAACGCGUGGCUCAGCGGAGACUCUAGUAAAGGUCGUCUGGAGACAACUCACAUGCUGCCCAGCCAAACGCUAGCCGUAAACAGUUUGGAUGUACUUGGACAGUGUCUCGUAUGUGGGACUGAUGGAGAGGCUAUUUUUGUCAACAGACAAGUCCCAGUUUAGACAGUUUACGAAUGUUCUUUAUAGGUUAAGUUGCAAGCAUACAAACUUAAUGGACAUCACAAGGAUAUGGACCUUGUGGUAAUCAUUACCUGCAGGGUGUUUAACCCCUCUUUUGUAUAAAUAUCAAUUAAAUAAUUUUGGAAAUAAAUGAUUGUGUGAUUGUCUACGAUUGGGCAAAGAUCAAUCAAGUGUAAAUAGGAUGGCAGAUGCUACCAAAUGCUAUACAAAUGGAUAGUGUCUUUGUUAGUAAUUUAUCAGGGUUUCAUUUGGCUGGAGUAAUUAGUGGGAAGUAAUACUCUUGUGG